AGAAACGUAAACAAGAGGGCGAGGGAAGAAGUGACGAGCCACGACCUCCACGCGAACUCCUUAUAAGACGCAAUUUUGCCACACGGACGCCUUUUUAACAACUCUAAUCACCCUUCUGGACACUAAUUAAGGUCAGGCUGUCACAGGGUCAGCACAAUGCUGAGUCUCCUGAAGGACGAGAUAGCGUCCAAGAAGCGCUCACUGGAGGAGAACAACUUGAUGGAGGGAGAGAAGAAGUUUUUCCGGCGUGGCGACCUCAUCUCCCGCCAGACGGAAGCCUACUGGCAGCGUUGCGGCAACAGGCCUGGCAGCAACACCUCUGGUCAGCAGGCAGCAGAGGGUAGCAGUGGGGACGGGGACACCUCUUCAACCCGAGAUGCCGUGAAUGAUGAGGAUGAUGCGCCGGAGCUGCCCAGACAGGAAGUGGUGCGGCGGCUGAGGGAACGUGAGGAGCCGAUAUUACUCUAUGGGGAGAGUGAGCAUGAUGCAUUCCGGCGGCUGCGGCGGCUGGAAAUCCUGGAGCCGGAGGUGAACCGUGGUCUGAGGAACGAUUUCCAGGAGGCCUUGGAGCGCGUGGACCAAGCGUACCUGAAUGAGAUCCUGAAGACUGAGGGCGGGGAGGCGGCGAGGAAUGUAGCGUUGUCCGGGGAGACCAUCACCAUGGAGAGCGUGAUUGAGCUGGCCAAGGACCUGCAGAAUGGGAACGCCACCAACGAGCUGCGCUGCAAGGUCAUAAUGAAGUUUGCUCAGCUGAUCCUGCAGAUGUGGGGCAGCCGACACAAUGCCCGGCCUGAGGUGGAGAAGAUGAGCUGCCGAGGCAAGAUGGACUCCGCCACCUACACCCAGACCCAGGCCUACCUCCGCCCACUCUUCAAGUACCUCCGCAAGCGCUCCCUUCAAGACGACAUCAUGGAGUGCCUUAUCGAAAUUGUCCAGCACUGUCUUGAGCGCGACUACGUCAAGGCCAAUGAUGCCUACCUCCAGAUGGCUAUUGGUAAUGCCCCCUGGCCCAUUGGAGUGACCAUGGUGGGCAUUCACGCGCGUACUGGCCGAGAAAAGAUCUUCAGUAAGCACGUGGCUCAUGUUCUAAACGACGAGACUCAGAGAAAGUACAUCCAAGGCCUGAAGAGACUCAUGACCAAGUGCCAACAGUACUUCCCGGCUGACCCCUCCAAGUGUGUGGAAUACAAGGCUCUCGCACAGUGAUCCUUUUUUCCUUUUUUCUAGUUUUUACAACAAGGGAGGCAGCUCAAGGGCUAAAAACAAAAUAAGCAACAAAAAAGCCCAUCAAAUGCUGCUCCAACAAAAUUUAAAAGAGCAAGCGGCCAGAAUGGAGGUCGAUUUCGGGUGGAGAGGUGUCGUGAUGCUCUCCUUAUUCUACUUCCUACUUUUGCUCCUAAUAAUGGUCUAUCCCUUUCUAUGCCACCCUUGGGAAUGUAUAUAAUGGAUGAAAUUUCCUUUAUUCUUCUUGAUCUAUCAGUUUUCUAUUUUUUGUCUCCUGAACUUAGUUAUUUGAAGUCAUUGAACUGUUCUCACAUCAUGUUUAUCAUCAUCUUUUGUCACUGUAUUCACCAUCAUCAUCAUGAAGAGAGAGAGAGAGAGAGAGAGAGAGAGAGAGAGAGUUAAAUUGUAAUGUGCAGAAGCUGUUAUGCUCCAUUUCCUGAUAGAAUAAGGUCAUCUAUACAAAUAAAAUGCUAUAUAUGCUCAA